AUGCUGAGAUACCAAAAUAUUUUUCGUAAUUUAAUGGAACAUGUGAAAACCGAUUACGAACACGCAAAAACGUUAUCCGCUGAGGAAAUGGAAAUUGUGCUUGAAUACAAUCGCAAAGGACAAUUUGUUACAAAAUGGUGGUGUAGAACUGUUAACUGGGGUGUAAUGGUGUAUCCCCUACAAGCUAUAGGUUUUACAAUAUAUUCCGCUAUAAAUGACGACUUCUAUAUUGCUGAUUUGUAUCCCGUACAUUUCCCGAAACUUGAUGACCGGUCUCCACUACGAUAUGUUUUGGUAAAUUUUAUCAUGGGCUUUGGAAUGUUGUACUCUUGCUUGAUGUACAAUAGUUUAGUGCCUCUGGGGCCUGUGUUCAUGCUGCACGCGAGUGGACAAUUAGCUCUAUUGGAAAUUCGAAUUAAGAAACUAUUCCCCGAUCAAGGUUUCUCAGCUGAGGAAGCAAAUAAAAAAUUAAGGGAUAUCGCUAAGCAGUUAAGAACAAUUUACAGUUUUGUAGACAAUGUACAAACAGUGUUUCAAAGCUUGUACGACAUCAUUCUAAAAGGAACAACGUACAUAUUGCCGCUAUUGGCAGUCACGCUUGUGAAGUGUAAUGAGUCUGUUGUGGCCAGUCAGCUCGGUAACCAUCCAAGGAGGCUGGACGCUGGUCAUCCAUGGAGGCUGGAAGUCCAUAACUCGCAUUGUGCCAGAGUAACGGCCUACGGCCUAAACCCGUCUCUUUAA